AUGUUGCCUGAAAUAUCUCCCUCGAUAUCAUCCUUCAUCAUUCGGUACAUUUAUUGUUUUACCAUUACAUCGUGUGCUCAUUUCCUUUUUUUCCUGUAGUGAUGGCAACCUAUUUCGCUGGAAAUCUUAUUUUCCCAAUCACUGCCUGUGGACUUUUUAUGAUGGGAGUUGCUUGUUGGAUGAUUAUGCAACACAUGAGUCUCAAUAAGAUCUACUCGCAAAAUGAAAUGAUCCAGAAACUGUUAAAUGAGAAGAAUAAUUCUAGAAUCAAGAAUAUAACUCUGGAACAAACAAUGGAAUUACCUGAGGAUAAUCUCAAAGAUGAAUCCAUUGGAUCUGAUAAUCUAAGCUCUCCAUUCAUGAUUCCUUAUAUCUCAGAAAGCGAUUCGGAGGAGGAAGAAGGUGAUCUCACAGUUUUGAUGGAAGAAGAGGAGAAAUCUCUUUCAUCGGGAUAUGAUACGGAAUCUGAAGUCGACAUUGAAUGGGAGCUUUACAAGAUCUCACGAGCUCCACUUGGUCCUGUCCCAAUGGAACAAACCUAUCUCACUUUCACAUGUCAUUCAACUGGGCUCUAUGUGAAAGCUGUAGUAGAUGAGAUGCACACAGUUAUCGAUAUCAUGACUUAUGAAAAAGAUGACUGCUUUAAAUGGACUGAAACAACUUGCUUAAAAUGCAUUGAAAAAGUUCGAUGUGUUCUUGCUGAUGGAAAGUGUCCAGUUCCAUUUGCAUUGGACAUUUUUGUAACGGAAGCAGAUAUUGAACAUUCGGACUCUGAAUCAGAAGCUAUCGAUCAGCAAGGGACGGUUGUCAAUGUGGAGUUAGAAUCAGAAGAGGAGAAAACAAUUAUUACUGCUGGAGAAUUGAAUUCGGACUCUGAUUCGGUGGCUAUCAAUCAAGAAAUUAAUUAUGAAUUUAGUGUUGAAUUAUCAACUUCUUCAGGAGAAAAUCAAUAUUUGGAGUCUGACAGUAAAGUAAUUGAAGAGAAGAUUCAGUGCAAACCUCUAGCACUUGAAGUCUUUGAUUUCAGUUGUCUGGAUUACGAGUACGAUUACAGCGAUUGGAUCAGCUUUGUCGAAAAAUCUGUCGUUUUUGGUUUUUAUGUCUCUUCUGAUAAUUAUCUGUAAUUUUUCCCUUGUUUUUAUCAUUUGUUUUAGUAAUUGUUUUUAAUAAAUAAUGAUUUAUAAA